UUGAACUGCAUGUGUGUUAAGAGGAAAGGGAUUUUAUCUACAUUUAUGCCAAUGUUUUGAAGGAAAGCCACACUCCUGAGACCAUUGUCGUGGGGCAGUUGUGAUCAAAGUUUGAGAACCUCAGGUAGAAUGUAAUUUUCAGGAAUGCUAAGUUGAACUCUUGGUCUGAAAGUAAUUGUGUUACACAGAUGAAUCCUUGCUGGACGAGGAAGCUGUAACUAUCGCCUUUGAAGAACACCUUUACAUUCUCAUUAAUUCUCACUAGAGUCCUCUGAGGAGAGAAACAGGAGUCCUGGUCCCUAACCUAGGAAGAGAAGGACUGCCAAGGUCAAGUGAUAUGCCUCCAGAUGCUCGAUGAAUCACCUACCCAUCCAGAAUUAGAACUUCAAACCUCUGACUCUGUUAUCAUAGCACCAGAGCGACUAAAUCCUUGGGAAUUGUUCUCAGCCAUGCUCUGUGCAUUCUCUGUGGGUCAAGCAUAGAAGUGGACAGCUGUCUGGCAAUGGGAGAUGAGAAGGGCAUGACACGAAAGCUACUGGAAUGCAGUCUCAGUGACAAAUUGUGUGUUGUCCAGGAGCAUCAGUAUGAAAUCAUCAUCAUCCCAACUCUCCUGGUUGGCGUGUUCCUCAUCCUUCUUGGGGUCAUCCUGUGGCUUUUUAUCAGAGAACAAAGAGCUCAACAACAGUCUUCUGGACUCCGAGGCAUUGCCCCCGUGCCUCCAUCAAGGAGCCUAAGCUGGGAAGCAGCAGGACAUGGAGAAAGUGUGUUUGUGCCACUUAAGGAGACAUCGUUGGAAAGCCUUCUACAAACUACCACACAUGCCCUAGCUAAGCUGCAAGUGCCCCGGGAGCAACUCUCUGAUAUUCUGGAAAAGAUCUACAAUGGUAGUUAUGCGACCAUCUAUCGAACCAAGAUGUACACUGGGGACCCUGCUAAGCCCAAGAGUGUUGUCCUCAAGGCUUUAAAAGAACCAGCUGGCCUCCAAGAGGUGCAGGAUUUCUUAGGGCGAAUCCAAUUCUAUCAGUACCUGGGGAAGCACAAGAACCUGGUACAGCUGGAAGGGUGCUGCACAGAAGAACUGCCACUCUAUAUGGUAUUGGAGGAUGUAGCCCAAGGGGACCUGCUCAGCUUUCUCUGGACUUGUCGCCGGGAUGUGAUGACCAUGGAGGGCCUUCUUUAUGAUCUCACAGAAAAACAAGUAUAUUACAUUGGGAAACAGGUCCUUUUGGCUUUGGCAUUUCUCCAGGAUAAGCAACUGUUCCAUGGGGAUGUGGCAGCCAGGAAUAUCCUGAUCCAAUGUGAUCUUACUGCUAAGCUCUGUGGGCUGGGCCUGGCUUAUGAAGUCUACACUCAAGGGGCCCUCUCCUCUACUCACACUGUACCUCUCAAGUGGCUCGCCCCAGAACGGCUUCUGCUGAGACCAGCUGACAUCAGAGGAGACAUCUGGUCCUUUGGAAUCCUGCUCUAUGAGAUGGUAACUCUAGGGGCACCACCAUAUCCUGAAGUCCCUCCUACCAACAUUCUACAGCAUCUACAAAGAAGGAAGAUCAUGAAGAGACCCAGUAGUUGCACACACACCAUGUAUAGUCUUAUGAAGUCCUGCUGGCGCUGGAGUGAGGACAGCCGUCCCUCACUUAGAGAGCUAGACUCACGCCUCGAAACUGCUGCUCGAACUGCAGAUGACAAGGCUGUGUUGCAAGUACCAGAGUUGGUAGUGCCUGAACUGUAUGCAGCUGUAGCAGGCAUCAGUGUGGAGAGCCUUUCCUACAGCUACAGCAUCCUUUGAAGAUCCCAGGACAAGAAACAUUUAUGAGUGAUUGUAAACUCUUGGAACCAAUUCCUCCAAGAGCAGAGAAUAGUCUUUCUAGUGGGACAUAAAGAGAGAAAUGGGACAUGGAUCUUGGAUCUUCCCCUACAUAUUCCCUAGAUACCUGAAAUGAUGCUAGAUGAGGCUCUACAUACCAUAUGACCUUGAGACUGAGAAAUACAGUUUCAUUUCUGCUGUACCAAUCCUAAAGACCCAGGGUAGAAAUGGUGGAUAAUGUCAUUGCAAAGGAGGUUUUAGAAAUCUGCAGUAUUUGUUGAAGCAUGGCACAAAUAUGCAGGUCCCUCCAACCACAGGCUAGCUUCCUCCUGAAGCAUGCUUUUAUCUCAACUAUUAGAAGGUCCUGAGAAAUUGGAAUCAAAUGAGGGAAUAGAAAGCCAGUAAAGAAGUUGAUGAAAAAGUAAAUUAAAGAUUUUAUUUGCUAAGGAGUAUAGAUGUGGACCAAGUUCAUCCUUCAAAAAGAAAGAGGAGGAAGUACAUAAACUUCUUCAGUUCUGGUCUCUUCAUGCAGGGCUGGAGGAGAAUAAUGAAGGAAUACUUCUGAGUUUUCUAUUGGCUAUAGAUAAGAGAAAGAUGGUCCCUUUUAUCUAAUUCUGAGAGAGUGGUACCCUGUUGGUCCUACUUUUAACUAGAAGCUGGAGGGGUCAGUUCAUGAUAAAGAACAUUCAAUAUGUAUUGUUCAUCGGCUGGCUUCCUGGUCUCCAUAAGACUAUGGAAACUGAGCCUAAGAGUCAGUUUGGUCAGCGAUGAAUAUACUAUGUGUGUAUUUAAUAAAUAGGAACUGUGGAAACCAAGCAAGAAUGCUUAGUAAGCCAGAAUGUCUUUAACAAGGGCUAAAAAAGGAUACAUACUGAGAUGGAAAGAUGGUAGCUUCUAAUUUUCAAUUAUGUACUGAUGUACUGUGAAACUUAUUUCAUUAAAUUAAUAUUUAUUGAGUGAAAGUAGGCUUUUUUGGUAUAUGGCUGCCAAAAUCUCUACAAUAGAGAGGAUAAAAAUAAUUAAAUGGACAUUAAUGUCAAUAGAAAAAUUCAAGAGACAAUCUACAUUGUCACAAAAGGGAUUCCUCAUGUGUAAAAUGGGGAUAAUAUCUACCUCACAGGGUUGUUGUGAGGAUUGAAUGAGAGUAUGUCUUUGUACAGUAUUUGGCACAUAUCAUGUGCUCAAUAAAUGUCAGUUUCCUUUCUUUUCCCCUUCCUAUCCUAGAAGCUUUCAUAUCUUUUUAAUUUAAAAUCUACUAUGGCCAAGAAGAGAAGCUCAGUCUGUCAGUCACACUGCAAAGCAGACAUGGCUAGAGAUGAUGGUGUGGUGCAAGUACCACAUGACUAAAAUGAUAAAGUCAUCAUUUUUGUGUGAGCUUCUGGAUGAUGACAGUGGUCUCCUACUAUUUCAAAAUACUGAAAUAUCAUGAUGAUGACAAUUCAGUAGAAUGUGUGAUCUGUGAUUUUAAAGAAUACUCUGGGAGGGACAUUUACGGCUGCUGUAGGAAAGAUGACUGGCAAUUAAAGUUUUGUAGAAGUCAGAGUCCUGAUGGAGUCGUGAUGAGUCAUCCAACUGAACAAUGAUCCUUGCACUGAGGGAAUACCAUAAGGACCAAUCAGGAUUUAAAUGGGUGGUAAGCGGCAGUAGGGAGG